UUCACUUCCGAAUCGAGCUCAGCUCUCUCUCGUCUCAAUCGAACCUUCCUGCUAUAAAAGGAGCACCAGACCCGCAAGUACGUACCGUGCAAACUCGUGAAGGAACACGUCCACCGCGGCCCUAGACCCUGUUCUUUUCCGCAGCCCGCCCGUGCACCCGCAGGCAGACAUGGCCGCCGUGAAGGAGCACGUCCUGCUCAGCCAGCCGGACAAGCAGGUCCUGCUCGCCGAGAUCCCGGCUUCAGGCGCGCGCGAUCCGCAGCCGACGGUCACGCUCCGGCUGCUCGUCGAGCUGUGCAACGACUACGGCGCCGGCCCCGUGGACGUCGACACGAUGGAGGACGUGGCCUGCCGCGUGCCGCUCGCCGACCUGGGCCGCCAGGGGGCGGCCGACCGGGCGUUCAAGGAGCUGGUGGCCCGGAUCGACAACCCGGCGCUGCGCCCGGAGGUCGCCGCGGAGACCGCGGCGGCCGCGGCGCGCGUCCGGGCGAGGUGCGGGGCCGACGACCGCGACGGGCUCCGCGGCGUGGAGUUCCGCCUCCGCGUCGUGUUCAUCGACGACGCGUCCGAGGAGGCGGAGGAGGACGACGACGAGUGCGGGAGCGACAUGGAGUUCGGGGAGUUCGAUCUGAGCGGCGCGCGGAGCCUGCGCGGCCAGCAGACCGACGCCGGCUACGGCUACGACUACGAGGAGGACGACGACGAUGAAGACGGCUGCGGCGCCCAGUUCACUGUGCGCCCGUACCGCGGCGCCCUCGCGCGAGCGGGAGGAGGGGCGCCGUCGUCCCUGCUGCUGUCAGGCUUCGAGGCGCGCUCCGACGGGCCCGAGCUCACGGAGGAGCACGAGAUGACGUCGUACGACAUACAGCGCGUCGUGCGCAAGGCGCUGGGCGGCGGCGGCGGCGGGAGCGUGGAGGACGACGAGGCCUACCGGCGCGCGCUGGACGGCGGCACGCCCGUGUCGCCGACAUCGCGCGCCGCCAUGGUCGGCCAGGCGCUGCAGUCCGCGAGGCAGCAGCAGCAGCAGCAGCGGUCGAAGUCGCCACGCCCAAUCUUCCCGAUGCGUACCGGAUUCUGAUGCGCGCCCGAUUGGAUUGCAAACCUGUGAUGUAAAUGAUGAUUGCAAACUCUUGUGUAGUUCGUGAAGGGCUGUUGCGAUUUGUAUGUCUGUAAACCUAUUUUGUAGCCAUCCAUUGAAGUUCGAUUCAUUUCUUCUUGGUAGAAAAUAUGCAGCUGCAUCUUACAAUAGCCGAAGUAAAUGUUAGUGAAGAUGUGUUGAUCUCUUGCGAGACGCAUGUGAUGAUCUUGAUCUGUUAUCGAAA